AUGGCCCCCGCCUUUACGGACAAUGCGGAAAGCGCCAGCGGGGCUGUGGGUAAUGUAAGGAAUCUUGGAGCGCCUUUCCCGUGCCGGUACCCCGACGACCCGAAGGUCCCCCCGGCGCGGCAGCGUGUCGGGCGGCGCGCGGUCAAACGCAUUGUUGUGCGCUGCGGUGCAAGACAGGAAAACUCUCCAGUGGGAUGUGGCAAGUGUGCUUCCGGACUUCCUUGCUUUGCACGUCGGAGGCGAGGCGAGACUUUCGAGGGUGGACUACGUGUUUUUUCUGUGUUGGAGAAACCACUUACCACACCCUGCAACUGUGUACUUCUCAUCGAAGAUGUCGUGGCAGGCGACCUCAUUGUUGGUGUGUAUCUUGCUCGUGGUCACAUCUUCACAGUGGAGGUGCCUGGCCGCUAA